AUGAUGAUGAUGACGUGCCGUCUGCUGUGCGCCCUGUUGGUGCUCGCCCUCUGCUGCUGCCCGUCCGUGUGCGUGUCAGAGAUUAAACCGCUUGAAGAUUCUUCCCAGACGACCACGACGAAGCCCACGAUAAAGGCUCCGGUCCCUGAUGAGAAGAGUAUGCCUGAAUCUAAUACGAACUCCGUCAGUCUAACCUCCCUUCCACCAGCAGCACAACCACAGGAGACCGGUCAGCCAAUGUUGUCAAGUAAUGGGUCCGCUGCGGAGCAGGGACCAGGAUCUACCAGUACGGGAACGAAACCAAAUGAAGUGUCCAAUACGUUACAGGCAGAUGGUAUUAAGGGUACGACAAGGUUACCCAGUGACAAGACACUAUCCGAGGAACGGGCAAAUAGGGAGUCUGAAGAUUCUACGGAGGAGACCACGACGACCACCACAACAAAGGCACCAAUCACGACGACCACCACUACAACACAUGCACCAAGUACUACGACUACAGAGGCGCCAGCUGUGUCGACCACCCGCGCACCGUCACGUCUUCGCGAAAUCGACGGCAGCCUCAGCAGCUCUGCGUGGGUGUGUGCCCCGCUGGUGCUUGCCGCAUCCGCGCUGGCGUACACCGCUCUGGGCUGA